ACGACGCCUUAAUAAUUUCUCCCCUUGGGCCAUCAGCUCCUUUCUCUCUUUCCGUUUCCCUCAUUUUCUCUCUUCCCGAAACCCCCUCUCUUCCUACCCUGAACUUGCUCUCUGAAGAAACACAAUGGAACACCAGUCCGUACAAUCCGAAUCGAACAGCCACAUUGAAGACAACACAAGCAACAAUCACGGAUGGCAAAAGGUGACGUAUGCGAAACGUCAGCGAAAAACUCUCGCCAAACCGGCGGCUACCGGAAAUAGCAUUCCCAACGGAUCUUCUAUUUCCGGCGGUGAAACUGUGUUUACGUCGCUGGAAAAACAAUCGGAGGAGCGGCGCCGGCGAAUCGAAGCCCAGAGAGCGGCGGUUCUGGCUGAUUUGGAAGCUCCGGUGAGAUUGUCCGGUAAGAAAAGGGACGAUGAUUAUGAGGAAGGGGAUGAGACUGAUUCGGAAGCUGUUGAGAACGGAAAGCUUGAGGAAAAGAAGUUGGUGAAGGCCAAGAAGCCAAAGAAACCGAAGGUCACGGUGGCGGAAGCUGCAGCGAAGAUCGACGCCGCUGAUCUCGUCGCUUUUCUCGCUGAUAUUAUGGGGUCCUAUGAAUCACAAGAGGAGAUUCUGUUGAUGCGAUUUGCGGAUUAUUUUGGACAAGCAUUUUCGGCAGUGAAUGCGUCUCAGUUUCCAUGGCUGAAGCUGUUCAGGGAGUCCACUGUUGCCAAGAUUGCAGAUAUCCCUGUUUCUCAUAUUUCUGAAGCCGUAUAUAAGACUUCAAUUGACUGGAUCAAUCAACGUUCCUAUGAGGCACUUCGAUCCUUUGUUUUAUGGUUGUUGGACAGUAUUCUUGCUGAUGUAGCAAGCCAACAGGCAGGUCCCAAGGGCUCAAAAAAAGGUGUGCAACAAACAUUCUCGAAAUCCCAGGUUGCUAUAUUUUUAGUUUUAGCAAUGGUGUUGCGACGGAAACCUGAUGUUCUGAUCCAUGUGUUUCCAAAGUUGAAGGAAAAUUCAAAGUAUCAAGGACAAGAUAAGCUUCCAGUUAUUGUGUGGAUGAUAGCUCAGGCAUGUGAAGGAGAUCUGGCUGUGGGGUUGUACUUAUGGGCUCACUACAUUUUGCCUAUAGUUGGAGGCAAAUUAGGUUCUAAUCCACAAUCCAGAGAUUUGGUUUUACAGUUAGCGGAAAGAAUUCUAUCUGCCCCUAAGGCUCGCACUAUUUUAGUAAAUGGUGCUGUUAGGAAGGGAGAACGUUUGAUGCCACCUUUGGCACUCGACCUGCUUUUACGUGUGACCUUUCCUGCAUCUUCAGCUCGGGUCAAGGCAACAGAAAGGUUUGAGGCAAUAUAUCCCACCCUUAAAGAGGUGGCUCUUGCGGGUUCCCCUGGAAGCAAAGCCAUGAAGCAAGUUUCGCAACAGAUACUGUCCUUUGCCAUGAAAGCAGCUGGAGAAGGCAUCCCUGAGCUAUCACGGGAAGCAACUAGCAUUUUUAUCUGGUGCUUGACUCAAAACCCUGAUUGCUAUAAGCAGUGGGACAAGAUUUAUAUUGACAAUUUAGAAGUCAGCACUGUGUUUCUGAGAAAACUUAAUAAGGAAUGGAAGGAGCUAUCUGUAAAACAUUCUUCUCUGGAGGCUCUGGGGCAAACUCUAAAGAGUUUCAGGCACAAGAAUGUGGAAGCAUUGGCUGGUGAUGAAGAGGAUGCUGCUCGUCUGGCACUUUUCAAGGAGGCAGACAAGCAUAGCAAGGUGAUAUUGGGAAAGCUAUCACGUGGGCAUGGAUGUAUGAAAAGCAUGGCUUUUGUCAUCAUUGCACUGGCUGUUGGGGCUACUCUCGUGUCCCCGAGCAUGGAAUCUUGGGAUUGGAACAAAUUUUCUGUUCUGUUCAGCGCCCACCAGUCGUCCUAAGCAGCAUGUGUUUGAAAACCAAAUCUCCAGUCAGAUGAUGUCAGACCUGGACAUUGGUUUGUAACGAUAAUCAGCGGGGCAAAAGCAAUCAAAUGCCCAUAAUAAAGUAGCAGAGAGAGGUGUAUGUCUUGUGUAAUUCUAGGAAGUCCCGUUGGGAUACUGAAACUAGAAAUAGUUCAAAAUCGUUAGUGUGUCCAAUGAUCAACUUGGUUCUAAACAAUUAGGACCGACUUGACUGCCCUGUUUUUUUUUUUUUUGUCCCAGCUUUUUCUGGGGUAGAGCUUCUUGUUCAGCUCUAACGUUUUCAGUGUCUGCGAGAUGAGGAUAAUACAAAAAUGGAUAUGAUUGUAUUUCAUUAGGGAUGUGGUUGUAAUCCACAAUGAAUUUUGAUAAGCAUAGCAACAUUGGUUCUUAUUAUUUUUACACUUCAUGCUUAUACGUUAUUUCGGAUAUCCUCUGGAAAAAUGGUGAUCUUUUGGUAUGUAAUUUAAUGACAAACCUCAAGGAGUUUUGGUGUAAUGUUGAACUGUUUGGUAACG